AUGUCGACCAAGGCUGAGGCUUCCCGCCCCCGGCCGGCAGACACCAAGAAGGUGCACAUUGCCGACACCCAGAUGACUCGUGCCAACUGGUACAAGCAUGUCAACUGGCUUAACGUCUUCCUCAUUCUCGGUAUCCCCAUGUAUGGCUGUGUUCAGUCUCUUUGGGUGCCGUUGCAGCUCAAGACUGCCAUCUGGGCCGUUGUCUACUACUUCUUCACCGGUCUAGGUAUCACCGCAGGAUACCAUCGACUUUGGGCUCACUGCUCGUACUCGGCCACUCUUCCCCUCCGUAUCUGGCUCGCUCUGGUUGGAGGUGGUGCCGUUGAGGGCUCUAUCCGCUGGUGGGCUCGCGGCCACCGUGCUCACCACCGUUACACCGACACCGAGAAGGACCCUUACUCCGUUCGCAAGGGUUUCUGGUACUCCCACCUUGGCUGGAUGGUCAUGAAGCAGAACCCCAAGCGUAUCGGCCGUACCGACAUCACCGAUCUCAACGAGGACCCUGUCGUCAUCUGGCAGCACCGUCACUACCUCAAGGUCGUCUUUGGAAUGGGUCUCAUUGUUCCCAUGCUUGUUGCCGGCCUCGGCUGGGGUGACUGGUUUGGCGGCUUCGUCUACGCUGGUAUUCUGCGUAUCUUCUUCGUCCAGCAGGCCACUUUCUGCGUGAACUCCCUGGCUCACUGGCUCGGUGACCAGCCCUUCGACGACCGCAACUCACCCCGUGAUCACGUCAUUACCGCCCUGGUCACUCUCGGUGAGGGAUACCACAACUUCCACCACGAAUUCCCUUCGGACUACCGCAACGCUAUCGAGUGGCACCAGUAUGACCCCACCAAGUGGACCAUCUGGACCUGGAAGCAGCUGGGUCUGGCCUACGACCUCAAGCAGUUCCGUGCCAAUGAGAUCGAGAAGGGUCGUGUGCAGCAGCUACAGAAGAAGAUUGAUCAGAAGCGCGCUAAGUUGGACUGGGGUAUCCCUCUGGAGCAGCUGCCCGUGAUGGAGUGGGAUGAGUACGUCGAGCAGGCCAAGAGCGGCCGUGGUCUCAUUGCUGUCGCUGGUGUUGUCCACGACGUGACCGACUUCAUCAAGGACCACCCCGGUGGUAAGGCGAUGAUCGGUUCCGGUAUUGGCAAGGAUGCCACUGCCAUGUUCAACGGUGGUAUCUACUACCACUCCAACGGUGCUCACAACCUGCUGUCCACCAUGCGUGUUGGUGUCAUCCGCGGUGGAUGUGAGGUGGAGAUCUGGAAGCGCUCCCACAAGGAGAACAGCGAGUACGUCCGAGACGAGUCCGGCCAGCGCAUCAUUCGGGCUGUUUCCGCCAUUCCUUUCACCCGCCACCUCCUCAUCAUCCUUGCCGCUAUCAUCGUGGCGCCCCUCCUCCGUCUCCCCGCCGCCCGCCUCACAUCCGUGCUGGGUCAUUUGCGUACAACACCUAUUCGAUAUUUGACAACCUCCAACAUGGCCCCCGCUCACCUCCGGCGCCCACCACAGGCCCCGCCGACCUUCACGGCUACCCCGCAGUCCGUUGUCGCCGAUGCCGAGCGACUGCUGAACACGUCCCGGACCAUUCAGGACAAGCUUGUUGCCGACAUCAAACCCGCUGAUGCCACGUUCGCCAACGUGCUGCGUCCGCUUGCUCAAGAUGAGAAUACCAUGGCGUUGGAGGCACACAUUUUGGGCUUCUACCAGGCCGUAUCAACCGAUCAGAAGCUUCGGGAUGCUUCCUCCAAGGCCGAAGAGCUCAUGGAUGAGUUCUUCAUUGAGGCCGUCAUGCGAGAGGAUGUUUUUAAGCUGGUGGAUGCUGCUCUGAAUAAGAAUGAGGAUCUCGAUCCCGAAUCACGCCGUCUGUUAGAGAAGGCACACAAAGACUUCGUGCGAAAUGGAUUGGGUCUGCCCGCGGGGCCCCAGCGAGCUCGGUUCAAGGAGAUCAAGAAGCGUCUCAGUCAGUUGAGCAUUGAGUUCCAGAAAAACCUGAACGAGGAGAAUGGUGGUAUCUGGUUUACUCCGGAGGAGCUCGACGGGGUGCCGGAGGAUGUGACCUCCGGCCUGAAGCGCGGCGAGGGUGAGAAUGCCGGCAAGCUCUGGUUGACCUUUAAGUACCCGGAUCUGUUCCCGACCAUGAAGUACGCCAACAAUUCGGAGGUCCGUAAGCAGGUCAUGGUUGCCAACGAGAACAAGUGCAACCAAAACGUCCCGCUGUUCCGCGAAGCUAUUGUGCUGCGUGACGAGGCUGCCCGUCUGCUGGGCUACCCCAACCACGCUGCCUUCCGCAUCGAGGACAAGAUGGCCAAGACGCCGGAGACCGUUGACACAUUCUUGGGUGAUCUGCGCGCCCGGCUGGCUGACGGUGGUAAGCAGGAGAUCCAGACCUUGAUGAACCUGAAGAAGGAGUUGGACCCUAAGUCUGAUGGUCGCUACUACUUGUGGGACCACCGAUUCUACGACCGACUGAUGUUAGAGCGGGAUUUCCAAUUGGAUCACCAGCUUAUUGCCGAGUACUUCCCGUUGCAAACCACCAUCCAGGGCAUGCUUAAGAUCUUUGAGGAGCUGUUUGGAUUAGAAUUCGUUGAGAUUGUUGGGGAAGACCGUGCGGCCUUGGCUCCCACCGGCCAGGGUAAUGAUAUUGUCUGGCAUGAGGAUGUGCAAGUCUUUAGCGUGUGGAAUGACGAGGGUGAGGGUUCUGGCUUUGUCGGCUACUUGUACCUGGACUUGUUCCCACGCGAGGGCAAGUAUGGCCAUGCCGCCAACUUCAACCUCCAGCCGGGUUUCGUUGAUGCGGAGGGCAACCGACGCUUCCCCGCCACCGCCCUGGUGUGCAACUUCACCAAGCCCGGUCCUAAGAAGCCCAGUCUGCUGAAGCAUGACGAGGUUGUGACCCUCUUCCACGAGUUGGGCCACGGUAUCCACGACUUGGUUUCCCGAACCACUUACUCCCGCUUCCAUGGCACCAGCACCGUGCGGGACUUCGUCGAAGCGCCUAGCCAGAUGUUGGAGAACUGGUGCUGGACUCCCUCACAGCUGCGCUCGCUUAGCCGACACUACUCCACCCUAUCGCCCGAAUACCUCGCCGGGUGGCAGGAAGCUCAACAAGCGCGUGGCAAGACAGACACGACCCCGCCUUCGGAGCGCAUCCCUGACGAGGUGAUCGACAACCUUAUUCGCACCAAGCACGUUAACGACGCCUUGUUCCAACUGCGCCAGCUUCACUUCGGUAUCUUCGAUAUGACCGUGCACGAGCCUAAAAGCCAUGCCGAGAUCGAGGCUCUGCCUAUCUCGGCGACUUACAACCGUCUCCGCCAGGAGAUUACCCAGAUGGAUGGCCUGGAGGCACUCAAUGGUGGUCAGGAGUGGGGUCACGGCGAGGCAACAUUCGGUCACUUGAUUGGUGGUUAUGAUGCUGGAUACUACGGAUACUUGAGCUCCCAAGUUUACUCCACCGACAUGUUCUACACGGUCUUUAAGGACGACCCGAUGAACAAGGCUGCUGGCCGUCGCUACCGGUACCAGGUGCUCGAGAAGGGUGGCAGCCAGGAUGAGAUGAAGACGCUGACCGAGUUCCUGGGUCGUGAGCCGCAGACUACUGCGUUCUACAAGGAGCUGGGUCUGGCGUAA